GGCGUCUCGGGUCCCCGCGACAUCUCCCGCUGCUCCCCCGCCGCCGCUCCCGAAGCUUUUCCAGAUGUCCCUGGUAGAUUUGGGAAAGAAGCUUUUAGAAGCAGCACGAGCAGGUCAAGAUGAUGAAGUUCGGAUUUUGAUGGCAAAUGGAGCUCCUUUUACUACAGAUUGGUUGGGUACAUCUCCACUUCAUCUAGCAGCACAAUAUGGGCACUAUUCAACCACAGAGGUAUUACUCCGAGCUGGUGUAAGCCGAGAUGCCAGAACUAAAGUGGACCGAACUCCAUUACACAUGGCAGCAUCUGAAGGCCAUGCAAGCAUAGUAGAAGUUUUACUUAAGCAUGGCGCUGAUGUCAAUGCAAAAGAUAUGUUAAAGAUGACAGCACUACAUUGGGCCACAGAACAUAACCAUCAAGAGGUGGUAGAACUUUUAAUUAAAUAUGGUGCUGAUGUCCACACCCAAAGUAAAUUUUGUAAAACUGCUUUGGAUAUUUCAAUAGACAAUGGAAAUGAAGAUUUGGCAGAAAUAUUACAGAUUGCAAUGCAGAACCAAAUAAAUACAAACCCAGAGAGCCCUGACACUGUGACGAUCCAUGCGGCAACACCACAGUUUAUCAUUGGACCUGGAGGGGUGGUGAACCUAACAGGUCUGGUAUCCUCAGAAAAUCCAUCCAAGGCAACAGAUGAAACAGGAGUAUCUGCUGUUCAGUUUGGAAAUUCAUCUACAUCAGUAUUAGCUACAUUAGCUGCUUUAGCCGAAGCUUCUGCUCCAUUGUCCAAUUCUUCAGAAACUCCAGUUGUGGCUACUGAGGAGGUGGUGACAGCAGAAUCAGUAGAUGGUGCAAUCCAGCAAGUUGUUAGCUCUGGGGGUCAGCAAGUCAUUACAAUAGUUACAGAUGGAAUUCAGCUUGGUAAUUUGCACUCCAUUCCAACCAGUGGAAUAGGUCAGCCCAUCAUUGUAACUAUGCCAGAUGGACAACAAGUAUUAACAGUACCAGCAACAGAUAUAGCUGAAGAAACUGUUAUAAGUGAAGAACCACCAGUCAAGAGACAAUGUAUUGAAAUUAUAGAAAAUCGGGUGGAAUCUGCAGAAAUAGAAGAGAGAGAGGCACUUCAGAAACAGCUGGAUGAAGCAAAUCGAGAAGCACAAAAAUAUCGGCAGCAACUUCUAAAGAAAGAACAGGAAGCAGAAGCUUAUCGGCAGAAAUUAGAGGCCAUGACUCGUCUCCAGACUAACAAAGAGGCAGUGUAAUUGAAAUGGACAAUAUAGUUUGAUUUUACCUUGAGUCAAGAAAAAGAAUACAAUCUUGGAACUGUAUACCCCAUAUAAGUACAGUCAUGGGAAUCCAGCAUACAGAAAAGAGACUUACAAGUUGAUAAUUGGACUUAAGCCAUGAGCUCUGAAUUUUCUUGUAACAUAAACUAUGAAUUUAGAAGUUGUGUGAAAAGUAUUUAAAACUGAAUUCUGUAAAUAGUUUUUUUUUUUUUUUUUUUUUUUACAGUUUCAAAAUGAGUUGAUAAAAGAUGGUUGAAGAGAUCCAGAAACAUAAUAAGCCACUGUUUUUGUGAAUUCCUUUUGAUUUUAGUAUGAAUCUUAAUUUCUCAGAAGCAGAACAGUUUUAAGGGUGAUCCUUGUUGAUUAGACCAAAUAUUUGCAUAAUAAUUAUGUGGUGGACUGAUUCUGGAAUUAUUUCUAUAGGUAUCAACUAGACUUCUACCUAAAGAGUAGAUUUCUCUAAGGAAAUCUUUGUAUAGCUUUAAGUAGUUGUCUCAGAUUAUUUGAAAACAUUUUUUAGAAAGUGAAACUUUUAUAUUUGUUUAACUUCAGCUAUAUCUGAGUAGAUUUACAUGUAUAUGAAGCAAAUAUUUUUUAAAUUUUCAGUUUGUAUAUAUUCUGCAUGUUUUUAUAAUUUCAAAGUGCAUCACUUGCAUAGGUAUUUUUUGGCAAAGAUGAUGAAAGUUAUUAGGAAUAAAAAACUUUUAGUCCAUAGGUCAUUGAAAUUAAGUAAGCUAGCAACUGGUUCUAUUGGAAUGACAGUGUUCUUGGAAGUAGCAGUUUGCAAUGUAACUUAAAUUUGCAAACCCUGUACUCUCUUUUAAAAUUUCAUACAGGGGACUUGAAACUUUGUAUUCAGUGCCUUCUAUCAUGACUUCCACAUGAAAACAUUUCCAGGCACUGGAUUGAAGGAUAAUGUUUUUGGAAAGCUCGACAAAGAUUGGUUUCUGAAAUAAUCUCAAGGACUCAUUUCCCCCCAGGAAACUAGAAGAGUCAAAUGUUGUCUUGGCUAUUCUUAUGAAAAGCAUUUGCUUUUGGAUGUAGGAUGAGAACUUUUCAUACUUCGUUGAUGCCACUGUUGUCUAGCAUUAUUGCUUUUCGCUAUAAAAGCAGAUUGUCUGUGCUGUGACUUGCUCUAUCAUAAAAUUGUUAAAUUCCAUGAUAGACAAAUGAUUAAAUUUUGACUUUAUUGUUCACUUUUGGGUUUUUUUUUUUUCAGUAAAAUAUAAGUUCAGGCCUUUUUUUUUUUUUCCUUGCUUUGUUUUUCUGUUUCACUACUUUAUGAAAAUGUUUAUCUAAACCUAAAAUUCCUCUAGAUAACCUAUACUGUAUAAGAAAGAAAUUACCCUUAAAACUGUACUCUGGUCUACUUUUCUAUUUUACAAUUAAAUAUCUUUUUCCACAUAUGUUCAGUGUAGAUGUAAUUCUCUUUUGCAAACUCUACUUCAUUCAUUCGUUAAAAGCUGUAUGUUAUUGUAUAUCAGAACCAUAAUCUAUUCUAUUAAAAUACUGUAUAAUUUUCA